AAAAUUAUAAAAAAAAAAAAAAUAAUAAUCCCUCCUCUCGUUCUCUCUCCAGAAUCUUCUUCGAUCGUUACAAAACAAACACAUUCGUUUGCUGUCUCUCUCUCUACGGCUAACCUGUCUCUCCUAGAAGCUCUCCAGAUCCUAAAAUUCUAGUGGAAGGUUUUUCUGAGUAAUGGAGGUUGUUCAAGAGCAGCAAAGUGAACCGAUCGCAGGCCAAGAAGAUGAAAAUGAAAUAGUUACUGAAAACGCUGCUUUUGUGCAUAGUGAUCCUCCUCAAGUUGGUGAUGGUCCCCCAACAGUUGAUUCUGAGGUUGAAAUCCUACAUGAGAAAGUCACUAAACAAAUCAUUAAGGAAGGACAUGGCCAGAAGCCAACCAAAUAUUCAACAUGCUUCUUGCACUACAGAGCAUGGACUGAAAGCACCCAGCACAAAUUUGAUGAUACAUGGCAUGAACUGCGACCAGUUGAAAUGAUUAUAGGAAAAGAGAAGAAAGAAAUGGCGGGUUUAGCUAUUGGUGUGUCCAAUAUGAAGGCUGGUGAACGUGCCCUUCUACAAGUGGGCUGGGAAUUAGGAUAUGGGAAAGAAGGGAGCUUUUCUUUCCCAAAUGUUCCACCAAUGGCAGAUAUAAUAUAUGAAGUUGAGCUUAUUGGUUUUGAUGAAACCAAAGAAGGGAAAGCUCGUGGUGACAUGACUGCGGAAGAGAGGAUUGGAGCAGCAGAUCGAAGAAAAAUGGAUGGAAAUGCUUUAUUUAAAGAGGAGAAACUUGAGGAGGCCAUGCAACAAUAUGAAAUGGCCAUUGCUUAUUUGGGUGAUGACUUCAUGUUCCAAUUGUUUGGCAAAUAUCGGGACAUGGCAUUGGCAGUUAAGAAUCCUUGCCACCUUAACAUGGCAGCAUGUCUGAUAAAGCUUAAACGCUAUGAAGAAGCCAUUGGGCAAUGCAGUAUUGUAUUAGGAGAGGAUGAAAACAAUGUAAAAGCACUGUUCAGAAGGGGAAAGGCCAGAGCAGAACUUGGGCAAACAGAUGCUGCCCGUGAAGAUUUUCAAAAGGCACGUAAAUUUGCACCUGAAGACAAGGCAAUUGCGAGGGAGAUGCGUUUGAUAGCUCAACAUGAAAAGGCUGUAUAUCAAAAACAAAAGGAGAUAUACAAGGGAAUUUUCGGACCACCACCACAGCCAAAACCUAAGCACACAAAUUUGGUAAUCCGCAUUUGGCAAUGGUUGCUGUCAAUAUUCUACUGCCUCUUUAAGCGUCAAAGGCACAAAUCGGACUAGUUAAAGAAUUCUGAAUUCACAGAAGAAUGAUAACAAUGAAGCAAGAUGUACUAUAAAGUAACAAAUGACCUAAAUGCCAAAGGGGUCAAUGACAUUAUUCUUCGUGUCCCAUUGAAUUUAUUCACCUCUCUACCUGGAUGUGUAUGAACUUUCAAGAUUGUGAAAAAGAUGGUUCUAAUUGUUAGAUUCAACAAUAAACUAAUCAGUUUGUGAAUUGAAUCCUUAUAAAGAGUUCUUACCAUUCA